GAUCUCUUAAUCUGAAGAACUUGUCUGAAGAGGAGAAAGUCUGCAAAUCUCGAAGCAGCCAUUUUUGAGACCUUGUGAGCUUCUAUAUCUUUAUUUGCUUCCCUCCACAUCCACCAGAAAAAAUUCUGCACAAGAUUUAAUUUGCUGUUUUCUUCUUCUAGUGUUGAAUCUCCUCCCAACAUUGGUAGAUCUAAUAGAAGUUAUACAUAAGUCAAAGCAUAUUAUCUCCUGUGGAAAGGUAAAGCUGAGAGAGACAUGGCUUAGUUUUGAAGUUGCUGUCAAAUGGAUGCUGCCAUUGCUUUAACACUCAUAGGAGCUUUAUUGAUCUUAUUGGCUUUACCAAUUUCCAAAGCCAUCAGAUUUGUCGCCUCUUCUCUUUGUGGUAUCCGUCCCGUUGCUAUUAAUGAGUGCAGUUGUAAGGAUGCUGCUGAUUCAAUUUCAAUGGUUUCUUCUCAGAUGAUUGUUACUCCAGUUAUCAAGUAUGAUGUAUUUCUUAGCUUUAGAGGGGAGGACACUCGCGACAAUUUCACGAGUUAUCUUUAUGAAGCGCUUUGCAAUGCAAAUAUUCAUACUUUUAUGGAUGUAAAACUUGACAAAGGAGAACAGAUCUCACCAAUUCUCUUGAGAACCAUAGAGGAGUCAAAGAUAUCUUUGAUUAUCUUCUCCAAAGAUUAUGCUUCUUCAUCGUGGUGCAUGGAAGAGCUUGUUCACAUAUUAGAAUGCAAGAAAAAAUUUGGAAGGAUUGUGAUACCUAUUUUCUACAAGGUAGAUCCAUCAAAUAUACGCAAACAAAAUGGAAGCUUUGGAGAGGGAUUUGCUAAAUUGAAACAAAAAUUUAGACAAAGCCAAGACAAAGUGCAAAAGUGGACAAAUGUUUUGAUACAAUCUUCAAGUCUCUCAGGAUGGGAUUCAAGAAAUAUCAGGCCUGAGCCCAAACUUAUUAAAGAGAUUAUCAAAGAUAUUUUGAGCAAGUUGAAUCAUAACUCAUCAUAUCACUUUGAAGGUCUAGCAGGCAUUGAUCAUAAUAUUGAAAAUAUUAAAAAACUUUUAUCUGAGGCUUGCAUUGUGGGAAUAUGCGGCAUGGGUGGUGCUGGGAAAUCCACACUUGCUAAAGUUGUAUUUCACAAGUUAAAAUCACAAUUUGGAGCUUUCUCCUUAGUUGAAAAUGUAAGAGAACGACUUGCAAGAAUUGGAUUGGACAAGUUACAAGAAGAAUGCCUCAAAGAAUUAUUAAAUGACGACGACAUUAAUGCCUUUGACAUAAAAUCCACUUUUGUGAAAAGUAGGCUUCAACGCAAAAAAAUUCUCCUUGUACUUGAUGACGUGGACAAUUCAAUAAUAGCUGAAGAUUUAACUAAAGUGUAUAAUUGGUUUGGAGAAGGAAGUAGAAUUAUCAUCACUUCAAGAGACAUGCAAGUGCUUAAGAAUGCUUCUGCACAUUCAAUAUACCAUGUUCCGAGUCUGGAUUUCCAUGAUGCCAUUCAUCUCUUCAGUUUGAAAGCGUUCAAGCAAAAUGAGCCAUCUAAAGAUUAUAAAGAGCUAUCAAAAUUAGUUAUUCAUUAUUGUCAAGGAAAUCCACUAGCCUUGGUUGUGUUGGGUUGCUUUCUUUAUGGUAGAGGAAAAGAAGAAUGGGAAAGUGCUUUGGAAAAGCUAAAUGAAGCGCCACCAAAGGAUAUAGUUGAUGUUCUGAAAUUGAGUUUUGAUGGACUUGAUGACAAACAAAAGAAUGUGUUUCUUGACCUAACAUUUUUUAUCAAAGACACUGAUGGGAUCAAUUUGGAGCUAACAAGACAAUUACAUGGUUCUUCUGUACACGUUGAUAUAAGUGUUCUCAAAGAAAGAUCCCUCAUUUCAGAAGAUGAAUAUGGUUAUUUUGUGAUGCACGAUCUUGUGGGAAAAAUGGGCCUUGAAAUUGCUAGACAACAGUUAUUCUUUGGUCUUGAAAACCCCGUUCGUCUAUGGUGGCAUGAAGACAUUCAAAAAUUUUUCAUCUAUAAUAAGGGAAUUGAGGCCAUCCGGUGCAUGUCUUUGGAUACGAGCAAGAUAAAAAGGAUUACAUUGACAGCUAGUAACUUUAGAAAGAUGUAUAACUUAAUAUUGCUUAAAGUUUACAAGUCUGAUCCGAGAAAGCUUUCAAAGUUGAAUGUUUGUGAAGAUCUAGAUUAUCUUCCAGAAGAACUUAGGUUUUUUUGUUGGGAAGAAUAUCCUCUGCCGUAUGUGCCAUUAAACCUUUGUGCGGAUAAUCUUGUUCAACUUAAAAUGCCUAAUAGUUAUAUCCGACAACUUUGGAAUGGAGAUCAGCAUUUUCCAAAUCUGAAGUUGAUCAAUUUACGAGGCUCGAAAUCUCUUACUGCACUCCCAGAUCUCUCUUGUGCCCCAAAGGUUGAAUACAUAUAUCUCGUUGGCUGUGUAAAGUUGGCUCAAAUUCAUUCCUCAACUGUCAUGGGCGAGCUUUGUCGUUUAAAUCUAGAAGAUAGUGGGCGAAAGCAGAUAAACAUUGGUGGCACUAUUGAAGAUCAUCAGAGAAGCAGUCCAGCUUUAGUGAUAGAUUACAAUUAUUUGGAUACAAUCGAUUUGUCAUUCAAUAAAGUGAGGAUGAAGCUCUUCCUUUCUGAUGAUGGCAACAUUAUCUCUGGUGUUGGACUGAAACAUGUGGUAAUGCUAUUGGAAAAUAAUAGCAAGAGUGCAGAUCAGUUAAAAUUGAGGACACAAAGUUUGACAUCUUUACUUCCAUUUGUUAGUACUGUUAAAUGGUUUAGGGUUUUCAAGCAACAUGAAAACUAUGACGAUCGUUUUUAUAAUUGUCACAAUGAUCCUUCAGGCAAUGAUAUUUCUAUAAAUGUUGGGGUGAGGAUCAGUGAUGAAGCAGAAAGCAUUGUGGUGGGUUCAUUACCAUUGAGAAGAUCAGAAGAGGGCACGGCAUUGGAACUUGACGAAGAAGAAGAUGGUGAAGAUGAGUUAAUGGAAGAAGAAGAAUGUGAGACUAAUAUGCGAUUAACAAGACUUCCCAAUCACAUCACUUGCUGGUCACUGUUGACACAAGUGAGAUUAAACGAGAGUAAUGUUAUUGGAAAUGCAGGUUGCAGCAUUCCUCAGGUUUCAAUUUUGAAAUCACUUGCACUCUCUCAUCAUUGCAAAAGAAUUCAACCUCUCUUGGAUCUAACACUCUCUUUUGACAUUACAGCACCUGAUUAUCAUCGUCCUUAUUCUUUUUGGCUCCCUUAUUCAAUGCCCUCCACUGAAGCUCGGUAUCUUAAAUCGUUCCGCUGUUAUUUUGAGUAUACGGUUGAUCAUAUUGUUUUUGAGUAUACUGAGUGGUAGGCAUUUCAUCAUCACAUUUAUGUUUAAAUUAGUAAGUCUUGUUUCUUUUUGUUGCACGUUAACAUGGUCAAAUAUAUCAAGUUCAUUGUUUAAUAUGUAAUUCACUGAGGCCUUCCUCACACCUGUGUAAAAAUAUAAUUGUUAAUGCUGCUUCCCCCACCCCCCAAAGGCUAAUGCAUGUUGCUUUCCAA